CCCUCCGCCGGCCAUAUACGGCUGGCUUAUUGUAUCCGAGUAGGUUGAUACGCAAGUCCGGUGAAUUAGACACAUCGCGUGCGUUUAAAAGCACGGCGGGAGAAAAAAUAAACAAAUAACGAUAACGAGACCAGCAGGAACUGACUUCGUGACCGGUCCCUUAUUAGGUCAAUCGCGGCGAGACCCGCUGGAACGGUGAAAAGAGAGACCGGACGAGACGGACUAAACGGAGACUGAAAACCACGCGCGAUUCGCCUCUCAGACGCGUCGCUAGAUUAUUGUAUUAUUAUUAUUAAUGUUGAUGUUGUUAAAGGUUCAGUUUCGACUCGUACUCCGUCGCGAGUACACCCGCGUCGCCGUGCCUACACACGCGUAAUAAUAAUGUUAUAAUAAUGUGUAACACGACAGCCUUACAAUGUUUAUGUGACGUUCCCUGUGCGUAACGUAGUAAUAAUAAUAUUAUUUGUAGUAUUGUACACGUGUGCAGUCGCAUUGGCUUUCCGUACGUUAUACACGCGACUUCGAUCACGACGAACUGGCCGGCUGUGGUGUAAGACGAAAAUAAAUUCUUGAGUUUCCGCGUUUUGACAGCUAUUCUGCAAACCGCAGUGGACGUCCUUGGCGGAAAAAAAAUACACCGAUUUUAUUCGCUAUAUUACUAUACUACAGCGAUUUAUCCGUCGUUGCGUCGGUUGUUCACGUAACUCGUCGUUCCCUUGAUCCUGAAAAAAACUGGACGCGCCGUGUGGUUCAUUAGUGCGGCGAACAUGUUCGGACGACGACGACGACAACGACAGCGAUCGGUUUUGUGUUAGCCRARAGCUUUUUUUGGCGUACUACGCGGAGAUUUAAGUGUUUUUGAAUGCCGUGUUGAUCGAGACCGUAGUUAAAUAAAUGCCGCGUUUCGAAGUCGUCACCAAUCGGUAUGGAAGYAUUAUCGACGUACGAGAAUGCGCCGACGAAGCGUACGAGAUGUCGCAGGAGUCUCAGAGUCCGCUAGGCCAAUGGAGCAAUAAAUACAGUUCCGUUUUGGCCACACUUGGCUGUACUUUGGGAGCCUUCAACAUCAGUCGGUUCGCCAUACUUGCAGUACAAUUUGGAGCCAACUUUAUACUACAGUUCCUAGUGUUAUCGUUGCUAGUCGGCAUACCUCUGUUUACGUUUCACAGUUCGCUCGGCCAAUUACUAGGCGCGGGGGUCAUGGACAUGUGGAGGAUAUCACCGAUAUUCAAGGGGAUCGGCAUCGCACUGCUCCUGGCCCAGGCGUUCAUCGGCACAUAUACCGUGAUCGGCAUCUCGUGGAUGUUCACAUAUUUUCGCGAUUCGUUCAUCACGAAACAAGACGUUUACCGUUGGGCAGAACCGAUCGAAGAGUACAAAGAAGACGGCAUGCCYUGGACUUUGUCUACAAAUGUCAGCUACAACAUCGAAGAGACGGUACCUGGUUACUUUAAUGKCAUAGUUCUGMAGAGAAAGUACUUGGAAAAACUCGAGAUGAACGACAAUUCGUUAAAGUUGCCUGUAGUCAUCAACCUGACGAUCAUAUGGACAAUCGUGUUCAUAUGCUUAAGUAAAGGUCUGAAAUCGUACAGUAAGGUGAUAUGCAUAUUCUCGCUGGUACCAGUUUUCGGUAUGUUCAUGUUGUGCACGAAAAUGUUGGGGUUAGCGCCAAUGAUUGGGUUCCAGCAUCACGAUAUUUUCCCCGAAACGGAUUGGAGCGAGUUUUUUCUUAAUACCAAGAGUUGGGUAGCGGCGUUCACUGAGACGUUUCUCACGUGGGGCAUACUCGGAGCGUGCACAAUGCAAAUCACUUCGCACAAUCGGCCGAAACAUUUGCUACACAGAGACGCUUCGUUAGUGAUCAUCCUAACUAUAGCCGUACUCGUAUUGGCCGCGUUUUUAGCCAACACGUGCGUACAUCUGCUCGAAGCCCACGGAUACAUGUACCUGCCCAGUUCUUUCGAACGGAUGAGUUCCUAUACGUUUCUGUUCAAGCAGAAUUCCGCUCAGGCCCGCAAACACUUGACGCCCGUGCGAUGGAUGCAGCACAGCAGUCUGCUUUUGGGUGAGAGGACGAUGAAGAACAAUGUGCCGGGGAUGCCGCAAGAAAGCGGAUACCAGGCAAUGCGCUUGGCGACCGAACUGUUUCCGGCCACGUUUGCCAUGAUCGGUGCCAAAAACAUCUCACCGUUCUGGUCGGUCCUGUUUUAUUUCGUGCUCAUCAUGUUCGGAAUUGGGCAACAAAUCGCAAUAUGGCACUGUGUUGUCAGCGGGAUCAUAUCUUUGCAUCCGUUCAAGUUGAGGAAAUGGCGUACAACGAUCACGUUUCUGUCGUGUGCGGCAGCCUUUUCGAUUGGUCUGUUUAUGGCGACUGAACUGGGCAUUUUCAUCGUGUACUUAAUGGACUACUGCGUCGGAUGUGGUUGGUGGAUAAUGAUACUGUAUUUGCUAGAAAUCGGAGCAUUGUUCAUAGUGCGCGGUCGUCCGUACAGCGGUGAGACGGUAGUGGCGACGUUAUUUUCGCAGGCCAACCAUCACCUGCAGGUGUGGAUGGCGCCGAUGCUGACGUUCGACUGGAACAUCGUCGUGCCAGUGGCUCUGAUCCUACUUAGCACCUCCGUGUUUAAAAACGGCGGAUAUCGGUGGCUGUAUAACUGGAAAACUGUGUCUCAGUCCAUGUAUUGGUCGUCGUCCAGCCGGGAAUUUGGCUGUUUGCUGCAGAUCAUACCGCUGCUGAUCGUCCCGUUCGCUGGAAUCGUACAGACUUGUCGGUACCUGGCCACUGGACCACCGGAUUUGUUCGAUCGGAUUCAGAUGCUGUACCGGCCAGUGAUCGAGACCCGCAGACCACCGGAAAGCGGCGAGGCGACUUCCGAGGCAGUCGCGAAUGGCUCGGCGACCGUGCAGAUCGAAGACCCGCCGCCCAAGUACACGCCGCCGCCAUCGUAUUCCACGGCCACCGGAGCAAGAAUCGCGAAAAUGCUGCGACAGAGCAUUCGGCGGAGCGUGCGCAGGUUGGCGCACGUACUCGGCAACCACCAGCAUCAGUCGGCGAUACUCGGAGAGUCUUCCUCGUCGGCCGCGGCGCGAACCGUCCAAUCGGCCACGUCGUCUUCGCAUCACCACCACCAUCAGCAGCAGCAGCAGACAACGGUCCUCUCGGGAACGACAACGACGCCGCCGACGGACGUCCAACAGACCUCGCGGGCCGAUUCGUCUCCGCCGCCCGACUACACGACCGUGCUGGUCGAGAUGAACAGGAACGACGACGACGACGACGUCGUUUCCGUCACGCGGACCGUCUGCGGCGAGUCCUCGUCCGCGUCCAGUCUGUCCGACGAGCAGAGCACCAGCAUCGAGUGUCUGAUGGAACGGGCUGCGCCCAUCAACGUAGACCGGACAGGACCUGUAGCAGUGACGGCGGCGGCGUCGCAGUAGUCUCGCGAGAGGAAAUCGCAAAUCUACUGCGGUGAUAUUAUUAUGAAAUACCUCUACCCGCCGUCAUGCAGAGAGCAGAGCCGUUUUGCGGGAAUAAUGUAUAUACGRUUUUGUAAAUAGCAAUUCAAUCGACCGUUUUUUUAUGUUUACAAAAAACAAAAACAAAAUGACUGUGAUAAUUUUUUUAAUUAUUAUUAUUAUUUAAUAAUUUUUUAUAUUAAUWAUUAUUUUUUAUACACUCGAAUAAUAUUGUCUUCAUUACAUUUUAAGAGCCUGUGUAUAUGGGUAUAAAAUAUUUGUAUAUUUUAUAAUAAUAAUAAUAAUAAUAAUAGUGAUAGAUAUAAUACUGAUGAAUAC